GGAUUAUGACCACUGCUAUAGAAACGAGACGCCAUCAAAAAAAAAAUUCGAAGUAAUUUUAGAGCUAGGCUAGGGCGGGCGCGACCGCCGCACCGGGGUGAAAAUUCUUAGGUGGACUUCGAUCGACAUGCUCUAGUAAACUCCCGUUUCUUUUGAAACAUACAGAUUGAUCGAGUAGGAUGCCAUGAUGUAAACAAUUUUGAGGAGACUAACGUAACUGACUGCAGCGAUGGCUCGGAGUGUUGCAUGGCGUCGAACCAUCAGCGAUGCUGCCUCCUGGCAUCAGGACCAGGCACAAUCAGCAACAAUCUACAUCUUAAGGGAGACAGGACCCACAGGAUUCCUUUUGAAGGAAGAGGGUGAGACCAAGAAAGUCAAGGUGUUCUUAGGAGAUCCCCAUAGCUGCACCUGUAGUGUGUUUAAGAAGGAGAGGGAUCUCUGUAAGCACAUCUGCUGGGUGCUACUAAAAAAAUUCAGAGUCCCGAGGGAAAAUCCAAUUUCAUUCCAAUUGGGACUGGUUGAGCGUGAAAUCAAUGAAAUACUUCGUGGCAUCAACAAUCCAAGCCGUCAAAGAAGUCUUGUACCCCGUCAACGCACUGUAUCACACAGUAAACCACCCCAAGGCACCAGCUCAUCAGCUGGUGGGAGGGAUGUCUUAAUACAGCGAGAGAUCACAGCAGACGAUGUCUGUCCCAUCUGUCAGGAUGAGUUGUUGAAUGCCAGAGAAGCAGUGACUUACUGCAGGUAUGGCUGUGCUAAGAGUAUCCACAUCAAGUGCAUGAAGGUGUGGGCGGAGCAUCAGCGAUCAGUGGGGGAGACCCUGGUCCGAUGUCCACUGUGUCGGGAGGACUUUGGCCAGUUAGAGCAGCUACAAGCUGAGUAUCGUAAUGCCUCACUCCAGAAGACCCGAUCUGAGCGACUGGACGUUCACUCGGGUGCUUGUUGUCAUCACUGCAACAAGUCCCCCAUCCAGGGGAAAUGCUACAGAUGCACAGAGUGUUUUGAUUAUUGUCUCUGCCAUGCCUGUUUCCUAACAAAUAUUCACAACGAGCAUUCCUUCAAAUUCCGACAGAAGAUGAAUCAGCGCUGGCGUCCUGCCCAGCGUGGUUCUGGCACAGCCUUACCCCAAGCAGUGAUGGAUGAUCUACUAGCCAGGGACAUAUCUGAUGGCGACUAUGAUCUCUUACUACAGCUGGACAGCCAAUCAGCCAACCAGCCCAGCAACAUCCCUGAAAAGGUGAUCAAGAGUUUUGCAACGGAGACAGUACGUCAGGGCAGCACACUACUGAACCCAGGUGUGCAGUGUAGGGUGUGUCUACGAGGCUACAGUAUUGGGCAAGUGCUAAGACGUCUACCAUGCAGGCAUAAGUUCCACACUUCUUGCAUCGAUCCCUGGCUGCUUCACCAACAUCCAACCUGCCCUGUGGAUGGCAGUAUAGUCUGGAGCCCUAGUACUGCGCAACAGACCAGCUCAACCAAUCAGAAUCAGCGUAACAAACAGCCAGCCAAUGGGAAGGCUGCUUCUGAAGGCGCUCUAGAGAUCCCUGGGAUUGGAGUGGCAUCCGUGAGAAUUGAAAGAUCCGGUGAUGCUGUUGCUAAGGGACGGCAUAGAGGCAGGUCUGGAGUUGUUGAGAGAGCCCCUAAUGGUGACAUUCAGGGACUGACAGCAGACUUUGCCUUGACAGGGCUUGGGAUAGUGUCACAAAGUCAAACCCAGAGUAUGGCAGCAAACUCCAGAGAGGGAGCAAGAGUACAGCCAAGAAGAAAUAGCAGCCGUGCUCCAAGAACACAUACAGACACAAAUAUAGAAAUAAAUGGGGUGUCGGACAUGGCGAUAAACCUGGAUGCGAUCAAUGCAACAGCAAGUGCUAACAAUGACAGUGGGCUGUUGCAAGACUUUCAAUUGGAUAGACGAUCCAGUGAGUUAAGGCAAGAUCAGCUGGUUGAACCCUCAACUCAGUUACCCAAUCGGACUGGGAGCUCUUCCUCAGAACACAUCCCCUGCUUGCAGCCUGCUACAGACACUAGGAUGGAAAAUAGCCAGGUGCCAGUCCAAGUAAGACUUGAAACCCUGACCCUACCAGGCACCACUACACAGGGAACCAAGCAGCACCCUUCCAGGGGCAUGGCAAGGCACAGAAAGCCACCCCUCCCUACACAGCCCUUAGUAGACCGUUCCAGUGCCCCAUCUAUUCCCCUCCUACGAGAGAGUGUUAUGACCCCAAUAGGGAACAGCCGACAACAGAGUACCAGUGCACCAAGUCUUGGGCAGAGGACUGCACCAUUUGGAGUAGAGGGGUCAUCAAGUGGCAGACCUCCCUUGCCAGCAGGUGGUUCGUCCCCAGGAUCAGUCCGAGACCGCGGACGUGAGCCAGUCAGAAAUGUUCGAUCCACACAAUUGACUAGAAAAACCAGAAGUACCAGCGUGGAGCGAAGUAGAUCUAGAGAUAGGCUACAUCCGCCAACAGCUGACAAACAACAGGUUCUGGAAGGUCUAUUACUUGGGUCAUCUGCCACUCGGCAAGUACCGUCAGGCAAAGGUCAGAGGUCAUCACCUCUAAGGUCAUCACCUCUAAGGUCAAGGGUCAGCCAGUUGCACAGUGGCGGUCAAGCCGAGAGAGAUCAGCAACUCACCGAGGGGAUUUCAGGCAGUGGACUUAGCUCACAUGGGCAGUAAAUUAUCCUCCAGACCGCAAUCUUUGGGUGAUUGGUUCCUGAAUACAAUGUAUUGCAUACUGAGAUCUUUACAGUGCAUGUGCACUAUUGCACAGAUUUUUCUUCCGGUUUUAUAUAUUUUUAUGAUUCUCCAUUACAUACAAAGUUGCAUUAUUAAAUGUUUGUUUGAAAGGAAAUAAAUUAUUUGAAUAUGUGCCAAUAAAUGGUAAUAAAAAAUGAUCCACGGCAGCACCAUG